AUGGUUACUAUUAAUUAUUAUGCAGUUGCUACCUGUACAUUAAUAAAUAUGAUUCUUGGAGCUAUGUGGUAUUCUCCAUUACUUUUUGGAACAACAUGGGUAAAAUUAAUGGGUUUAGAUUUUAAAAAAAUGCAAACAGAUCCAAUUAUUCAAAAAAAUGCUCAAAAAGGUUAUAUUCUAAGUUCAAUUUGUCAUUUAGUAAUGGUAAUUAUAAUGGCACAUUUUAUUGAAUAUAUGCAUGCAUCCGGAUCAUGGUUUGAAGGAUUUAAAAUUGGUUUUACUUGUUGGCUUGGCUUUACAUUAACAACAAUGUUACCAAAUCAUAUAUUUGCAAAAACAAAUUUUUCGUGGUUACUUGCUGCAAUUAAUAUUGCUUAUCCAAUGGUUGGUUUAUCACUUGCUGGUACAAUACUUGCUGCUUGGCAUUAA